GCUUCUGCAUGGAGGCCGGCUGGGGGCUGGGGGCGGCGGCCGGCCGCUCGCUGCUGCUGUGCGCUGCGCUGCUGGCGGCGGGCUGCGCGCUGGGCCUGCGCCUGGGCCGCGGGCGGGGGGCGGCGGACCGCGGCGCGCUAGCCUGGCUCUGCUACGACGCGCUGGUGCACUUAGUGCUGGAAGGCUCUUUUGUCUACUUUUCCUUGGUAGGAAAUGUUGCUGAUUCCGAGGGCUUGAUUGCUUCUUUAUGGAAAGAAUAUGGCAAAGCUGAUGCAAGAUGGCUUUAUUUUGAUCCAACCAUCGUGUCUUUGGAAAUUCUGACUGCUGUCCUGGAUGGGUUUCUAGCAUUGUUGCUCAUUUAUGCCAUAGUCAAAGAGAAAUAUUAUCGGCAUUUCCUACAGAUCACGCUGUGCGUGUGUGARUUGUACGGUGACUGGAUGACCUUCUCCCCAGAGUGGCUCAUCGGGAGCCCCAACCUCGACACCGACGAUUGGCUCCACUUUUGGGUCUAUCUCGUGUUCUUUAACGGUGUGUGGGUUCUGAUCCCAGGACUGCUACUGUGGCAGUCGUGGGUAGAGCUCAGGAGGAUGCAUCACAAAGGAACCCACUUAGGGAAGAAGUUGCGGUGAAUUUUCAGAGCCACGAACAC